AUGCUGAAGGGGCUCCCGCCUCGCCGCGAGCUGGGGCAAUGGCUGGGAGCGGACCUCAGUGAGGCGUCUCUGCUCUUCGGCACGUUCAAGCUGCAGGGAUGGAUCAUGCGGCUGCACACUGUGUUGGUAUUCCAUGCUGCUGAGAAUUCUUUGGUGCACACUGCCAGACCGGGGGCAUUUGUCCCCUCGUCGGCGUGUUUGACCCAUGCAACUGAAGCAGCUUCUCUCAAGCCUUCGGUGAUGCGAUCACCAGUCGUGUGGAGAAAACUGCAUCUUUGUGGAGAUGGGAGCAUUUGGAGUGGAUGCACUGUGCCUGUGCCUCUCCGGUGCCCUGGUGAUGACCGCAGUAGACUGGGUUAUGCCAGCUUGAAGUCUUCAGGACAAUUGCAGGGUCAAUGGUGCCAGUCUGAUGGCGGAGUCUCUUGUCGAGCUUACUCAACAUCGCGCCCUGUGGCUGCCAAACGAGACAAUGGGGAUGACUCUAAGCCUGGGCCUUCCAAAGAGCAUCAAAAGUUCACAGGCCUGGAGGAGAUGCUGCGCCGCCCAACAAAGUCCAAGGGAUUCUACCUAGAUGAGGUGAAACCGGGAUCUGCAGAGCAGCAUAGCCUGAAGACCAAGAGGAAAAGAGCCAGCAGAGACCCUGUUGUGGAUAGGAGGGGGAGUGAGGGUGGCAUUGGGUGGGAACAGGACAGGACUGUGGAUAAUGGCAUUGGGAAUGGCAGCUCCAAUCAGCAGCCAUUGCCCGGCUACACUUCCGCCCCUUUGAGAAAGAGCCCUUCCGAUGAAUCUGCAGCAGAAUCAGUAAGGGCAACGACAGUUUUGACUGAGAAAGAAUGUGAGCGUGGUUCUGGGUUUGGGGCUAUGUCUCAGUUUCAAACUGAGCAGGGGACCAUGACGGGAAAGGGGAUUGGCCUGCCAAUAGACGAGGGCGAUGACUUUGCUGGUGAAGCAACCAAGGCACCUGCUAGUUGCGAGCCUCAACUGAAGGAAGAGCAACAUGGCGUUCCUGAUGACAACUGCAUUGGACACGCAGGAUCUACAAACCGCCCUCAUGAUGAACAACAGGUCAAUGCUGGCGUGAGUGACACUGAGGAUCCUCAUGCACCAUUUCCUGGUGUGUGGAUGGGUUCUGGGUCAGCAACGGAGUCUGCAAGAUGGGCUGCCAGUGCCCACCUGCCGACAGCUGCAAUGUCCUCACGCAACGAUGACUUGGAUGACGAUGGACUUCACAUUCCCAUGGAAAGGGGCCUGCCACUGAAGAUUAUUCGGGACACAAACAGGGAAGGCCACAUUCGUUUGUUACAGACUGCCAGCAAAAAGCGCAGGCGGCGAGGUUGGAGUCAUGCAAAGGCGGUUGAUGUGCCCAAACGUGCAAAUCGUCCAGCUGCAGGCAGACGCACUAGAGAAAAUGAACAACAGCCCAGUGAAGGCAAUGGAGAUGGCAAAGAAAGGGCAAGAGUCAUUGGCUGUCUGCCACUUGAAUGCCUGAGUGUGUCCUCACAAACACAUCUGCCUCCACUCGUCCUUGUGCCUUCAGACGAUGAUGAGAAGGUGGCAGACGAAGUGAGGACUGAGGGAAAGGAGGAAGAAAAGGAGGACAGCGUGGAUGCAGGAAGCGGGAAGUGCAAUGGGAAAGAGCUGAUGCUGGAGCCUUCAGGUGGUUCUACUCAGGAGCAUUGGACAGAUCGGCAAUUGAAUGGAGAAAGGAGGCUGAAAAUCACUGCAACUAAAGAGGGCAUAAAGCCAACAAUUCUGCUGAUGAUUGGCGCUCAAGGUGCUGGCAAAAGCACUUUUGCAAAUGGCCUCGUAGAGAAGGGCUUCCUCCCUUGGGUGCGAAUCAACCAAGAUACCAUAAGGAAUGGCACGAGGGGAAGGAGGCCAGAGUGUGUAAUGCUCGUCAAGCACUACCUCAGUUUGGGCUAUUGUUGCGUGGUGGACAGGAUGAAUUACACCGUGGAACAAAGAAGGGACUUCAUCGAGCUUGCGAAGGAUUUGGAUGUGCCAAUCCAUGCUGUGAUCCUGAAGGAGCAGUUCCAGACUCUUGUGUAUCGUGUGGGCGAGCGCGAGGAGCAUGAAGGCAAUUUCUUGGGAUACAGCAGAAACAACAAAAACAUAAUUUUUUCAACGUCUUGUCACUUGCGUGGUGAGGGGUGGCCCCACCUGGACGAGGGCCUGGACAGCAUGCGGAUCUGCAAGACAAAUGAGGAAAUAGCUUUCCAAAUGAUGCGGUGGAUAAACUGGGGCCGGAUCCGGCGGAGUCCGAUGAUGGGCAGGGCGACCAUGGCCAGCAGGGAACGGAGCGAGCCCCCCGAUGACAUCCUCCCUUCGGCCAUACCACUGGAUCUUGUGCGGCGGGAUGUCUCAGAAGCCAACACAAUUGGCUAUAUCCCAGCCUAUGCUCGAACGUAUAUGGGACAGGAGCCGAACAACAGUGAAACUGAGCAGCCCGAUGAGCUGGAAGAUGAUUCGACCAAAGAUGAGUUGCUGAAGGAGGUCCAAGACUUGUCCGCUGAUACUAGCUUCAGCCCAUGGGACAGACAGGAUGGCCAGCGUGGACCUGAAGAUCAUUAA